AGGGGAGCGUGUCAGCUGGUAGGGUCCCGUGCCUCGGGCGAGCUACCGGGGGACGAAGCUGCGGGAGCGCGCGGGCAGUGGCCGGCCGCGGAAUACUUGUGUGCUGCGGCCAAGAAGAAGGGCGAUGGAAGGGCGGCAAGAGGCUGGGAAGGAGAGCAAGCAGCCCUCCUCCGUAUCAGUGGACCUGCAGGGAGACAGUACCUUGCAGGUGGAGAUCUCUGAUGCCGUGAGCGAGCGCGACAAGGUGAAAUUCACCGUUCAGACCAAGAGCUGCCUCCCUCACUUCGCCCAGACGGAGUUCUCAGUCGUGCGACAGCAUGAGGAGUUCAUCUGGCUACACGACGCCUAUGUGGAAAACGAGGAGUACGCCGGCCUCAUCAUUCCCCCAGCCCCUCCAAGGCCAGACUUCGAGGCUUCGAGGGAAAAGCUGCAGAAGUUGGGUGAGGGGGACAGCUCCAUCACGCGGGAAGAAUUUGCCAAAAUGAAGCAGGAGCUAGAGGCGGAGUACCUAGCUCUCUUUAAGAAGACAGUUGCAAUGCACGAGGUCUUUCUGCAACGCCUUGCGGCCCACCCGACCCUGCGUCGAGACCACAACUUCUUUGUCUUUUUGGAAUAUGGCCAGGAUCUGAGUGUCCGAGGAAAGAAUAGGAAGGAGCUUCUUGGGGGAUUUCUGAGAAAUAUCGUGAAGUCUGCAGAUGAAGCCCUCAUCACCAGCAUGUCAGGGCUCAAGGAGGUGGAUGACUUCUUUGAGCACGAGAGGACCUUCCUGCUGGAGUACCACACCCGCAUCCGGGACGCCUGCCUGCGGGCAGACCGUGUCAUGCACUCCCACAAGUGCCUGGCAGACGAUUUUAUCCCUAUCUCUGCUGCACUGAACAGUCUGGGAACACAGGAAGUCAACCAGCUAAAGACGAGUUUCCUCAAAUUGGCAGAGCUCUUUGAACGACUAAGGAAGCUGGAGGGCCGAGUGGCAUCUGAUGAGGACCUCAAGCUAUCAGACAUGCUGAGAUACUACAUGCGAGACUCACAGGCAGCCAAGGACCUGCUGUACCGGCGGCUGCGAGCCCUGGCUGACUAUGAGAAUGCCAACAAGGCACUGGACAAGGCACGCACUAGGAACCGGGAGGUGCGGACUGCCGAGAGCCACCAGCAGCUGUGCUGCCAACGCUUUGAACGCCUCUCUGACUCAGCCAAGCAGGAGCUCAUGGAUUUCAAGUCCCGCCGCGUCUCCUCCUUCCGCAAGAACCUCAUAGAGCUGGCAGAGCUGGAGCUCAAACAUGCCAAGCAGCCACUGAACCCAGCCCUCAUAGAUGAGUCAGCCAUCCAAGUCAGAGGAAAACCAGAGAGAACCUUGAAGACAGAACAGCUCAAGAGGCACUUUGUAACUCGCAAUCUCACAGCCCACACUAGGCAGGCCUGAGCCUGGGGUUGAAUAGGCCUCACUGCCCGGCUGCCCACCCAGGGAAGAGGCUACAGGAGAGUGUUCAGGUAUGAAGGCCAUUCUGCCCGAAGGGCUCCUGCAGACGGCAGCAGACACACCCCAGUUCAUUGAAGUCCCCAACAGUCAGUUUGGGCCCAACCAGUGAUACCCCCUAUGAGUGAGAACUGUCAGAGGACAGCUCAGCCAGGUGCUGCGACCAAAUGAAGGGGGUGGCUGGAGGCUGGGUCUAGAGAAGAGACACUGCUCAUUAUCUCAGCAUACCUUCCCCGGCAAGGUCCCUUGGGCCCCAACCCUGAAACAAACAUCCCAUUAGUGAGCCUUUUUAUUGUUGUAUGUGUGUUGUUUUUUUUUUUUUUUUAAUUGAAGGUCCCUUACUGGUCCUGCUUCCACGGGUGGCCAAGACCAGGGGAAAAGGGGAGGGGAACCAGGCGGCGCAAGGAGGGGUCAUCUCCACAACAUUCCAUUUA